AUUUCGGUCUUGUUUUGGCUCGAUUUUUCGGAAUUUGCGUAACACAAAAUACAAAUGUUUGAUCUGUCCUAAGUCCUAAAUACAAAUGUUUGAUCAUGUUGAGGAAUCUCAGAGGUAGAUUUCUUCUGUUCUCGAGCAACGCCACCAUUAACAAGGUGCGAUUUUCCAAUUGUUCAGCCGCUUAUGCAGUUUCCGAUGAUUCCCACGAACAAUCUUCCUCUGUUUCUCUCACUGAUUCCCGGAGCUUACCCGAAUCCUCCCGAGACACUGGGGAUUACAUAUCCGCGAUUCUUAGCUGCAAAAGCGUCGUUGAUGUUGGAAAAAUCCAUGCCCAAGUGAUCGUCAACGGCUUUUUACAGGAGCUUCCCGUAGCAAACAAGCUGAUUUACAUAUACGCGCAAUUCAGAGCGAUAGCUGAUGCAGAGGCAUUGUUCGAAGAAGUGAGCGUCAAGGAUUCUGUGUCUUGGAGCGUGAUGGUUGGUGGGUUUGCGAAAACUGGCGAUUUCUUCAACUGUUUGCGAGUCUUUAGACAGAUUGUUCGUUUAAGUCUGAAUCUUGAUAAUUACACGUUGCCGAUAGUGAUUAGGGCUAGCAGAGAUAAGAAAGAUGUUGUCGUAGGUAGAUUGAUUCAUGAAGUAGCGUUGAAGUCUGGUAUGGAUUUGGACUGUUAUGUUUGUGCAGCGCUUGUGGGUAUGUACGCGAAAUGUGGUAUGAUCGAUGAUGCAUGUAAACUGUUCGAUGAAAUGCCUAAGAGAGACCUUGUUACUUGGACGGUGAUGAUUGGUGCGUGUGCGGAUUCAGGAAGGCUUGAUGAAUCGUGGGUCUUGUUCGAACGGAUGAGGAAUGAAGGAAUUGUUCCUGAUAGAGCAGCCAUUGUUACCAUUGUUAACGCCUGUGCUAAGCUUGGAUCUUUGCACAAGGCGGUGAUACUUCAUGAUUAUAUCCGCUUGAUGAAUUUUCCUGUUGGUGUGAUUCUGGGAACAGCUCUGAUUGAUAUGCAUGCAAAGUGUGGAAACGUUGAUGCUGCGAGAGAAAUGUUUGAUUCGAUGAAGGAAAGAAACGUUAUUUCGUGGAGCGCGAUGAUUGCUGCGUACGGGUAUCACGGGAAAGCAACACAGGCUCUUGAGUUGUUUCAUGCGAUGCUAGAGAGAAGGUUAUCUCCCAAUGAAAUCACUUUCGUUUCUCUGCUUAAUGCUUGCAGCCACGCAGGAUUCGUCGAAGAGGGCCUCGAGAUCUUUGAUCUGAUGCCAAAGUACGGCACAAGGCCAAACGUGAAACACUAUACUUGUAUGAUUGAUCUCUUGGGUCGAGCUGGUAGACUCGAUGAGGCUAGAGAGAUGAUUGAAACCAUGUCGAUUGAAAAAGAUGAAACUUUAUGGGGUUCUUUUCUCGGUGCCUGCAGGAUUCAUAAGAAUGUAGAAAUGGCAGAGAAAGUGGCUAUCUCCUUGCUUGAACUACAGCCACAGAACCCAGGUCACUACAUUUUACUCUCUAAUAUUUAUGCAAACGACGGUAAAUGGAAGGAGGUUGCUAAAAUUAGGAACUUGAUGAACCAAAGGGGAUUAAAGAAAGUCCCUGGUUAUACAUGGAUCGAAGCUAAUAACAAAACGCAUAGGUUUAAGGUUGGGGACAGGACUCAUCCUAAGUCUAAGGAGAUUUAUGACGCUCUCAGGGUUUUGACUGAGAAGCUUGAGAAGGCGGGCUAUGUCCCGGAUACUAAUUUUGUGUUGCACGAUGUCGAUGAAGAGGUUAAAGUCGGGAUGUUAUCUUUACAUAGCGAAAAGCUGGCGCUAGCGUUUGGUUUGAUUGCGACACCAGAGGGUAGUCUCUUAAGAAUCACAAAGAAUCUCAGGGUUUGUGGUGACUGCCAUGGUUUUUUCAAGUUUGCAUCACUGGUUACAAGGAGAGAGGUUGUAGUAAGAGAUGCAAACCGGUUCCAUUGCUUCAAGGAAGGUUCUUGUUCAUGUGGAGACUAUUGGUAACUUCAACUUGUUCCUUCUUGUAACAACUUUAGUUGAAUCUUGACGCCAUGCCAUCGAAAGGUCUCGCUCCAAUUAG